UCCACGUGUGUAUAGACUAUUAGUGUUUAUACUGUAUAAACCAAGUUGUUUUCAUAAAUCAUGCAUCCUUCUCAUCAAAGAUUGGGAGUUGAGGUGUUUAUACCCGAAGAAAAUAAUAAGAAUAUACCCUCCUGUCCACACGGGCCUAUGUUGUUGUUUGAAAGAUAUUUUGAAGGAAAACCCCCUCGGAGAUUCUUCUCGUGCUCUGCUUGCCGGGAUCGCAAGGAAUGCAACUUUUUUCAAUGGGAAGAUGAGUCACCUUCAUUGGCCUCCCAGAAAGCACACAAACAGAUCAUUGAGGCAUCAAAACCAGCAAUCAGUCAAGCUGAAUGUUGGAAACGACUCAAGUGCAUCAGAUGUUUAAGUGAAGCUGAACGGACAUACUGCCACACUUGUGAACAAUUAGUUCUCCCGAAAGAGAUAAACAAGCAUAAAGAUCAUGAAAUGAAAAAUGGAAUGGCAGAUAGAACUCUUUCAAAUCCAAGUUAUCUUUUCAAACCUUUGGACAAAAAGAAGUCAUUUGCACAAUAUCUUUUUAGUAGUUCUUCUGUUAACUUUCUUCUGGAAACAUUUGGCAAACUAGGAUACACAAAGAUUUUAUGCGUUGGCACUCCCCGAAUACAUGAAGCAAUUCAAGCACAAAAAGAUGGCAAAAUCAAUAGCUUACUAAUGGAUUUAGAUCACAGAUAUGCGCAAUUCAAUGAAAAAGGUCAAUUUAUCCACUAUAACAUGUUCAACCAUCAUUUUUUCGAGGGAGAUUCAGGAAAGUCACUUCUGCAAAAUUUCUUUCAAAAUUCUGAACCAAAAUCAACAUUGAUCAUCCUUGACCCACCAUUUGGUGGGCUGGUUGAAGUUUUGGCAGCCAGUGUCAAGAAAUUAUGGAAACUGGCUGGUCAUAGCAAACAGGAUAAAGCAGGUUCUGUGGAGCCGUAUAAAAUACCAACUAUUUGGAUUUUUCCAUAUUUCAUGGAAAAGCAUAUUAUCCAAGAAUUGCCAUCGUUUAAGAUGUGCGAGUUUAAGGUUGACUAUGACAAUCAUCCCUUGUACAAGAAACACCAUGGUACCAGUUCCAAAACAUCACCUGUCCGAAUUUUCACCAACGUCCCAUUACGAAAUAUAGUUUUGCCUCCAGAGAAAGGAUACAGGUAUUGUGAAAAGUGUGAACGUUACGUGGAUGACAAUAAUGUGCACUGUCAGUUAUGCAAUGAUUGUACUUCCAAGGAUGGUCGCGUUUGGAUACAUUGCAGCCAGUGUGGUAAAUGCGUUAAAAAAGGUCGGAUUCAUUGCCAGUCAUGUGAUCGCUGUGAACUUCCCGAGCAUGUUUGUCAGCGGCCUUUGAGAGGUUGUCACAUCUGUGGCAGUUUAGACCACAAACGGAAAGAAUGUCCUCAAAGAAAGGGGGUUAAUUCAAGUGGAAGGAAAAGGAAAAGGAAGACAUCAACACAAUCUGGCAAGUCAAAAAAACGUGGGCGACUCUCGGAGCGAUAAUCCUUUUAAACGAUUCAUUU